AAAACAGGUUAAGACCAUUUCGGAACUAGCAACUCAACAGUUUUAAGGAACAAGAAAUCUAAUCGAAACAAGGAAAUAAUUUUUCAUAUUUGUAACUCAACAAGGAAACCAAACGCCAUUGUAACAUUGAUCAAGACGAAGAAAUUUACAAGUUUUAAUAGAAAGAAUUUAAAUCUACCUGACUUAACCUAAGCGAUUUAUACAAAAUACGUUAUACGCUAUACGCUUUAUCAAUAUCGGUAAGGACAGUGUAGAAGCUCUAAUUAUUUUACCUCCUUGAUUACAAGUUUAAUUCGUGUGCUCGCAGAAUGUAACAAGGUUUGGCAUUGUGUACUCGUCAACUCAGUUUAUCUGUUAAUAGAGAGACGGCUCAGAGAGGCAUGGAUAAUAGGGACAUGGUUAUAGAGAGAUGGCUUAUAGAUUAAUGGCUUAUAAACUGAUGGCUUAUAGAGCGAUGGCUUAUAUAUUAAUGGCUUAUAAACUGAUGGCUUAUAGAGCGAUGGCUUAUAGAUUAAUGGCUUAUAAACUGAUGGCUUAUAGUGAGAUGGCUUAUAGAGAAAUAGCUUAUAGAGAGAAAGAUUAUAGAGAGAAAGAUUAUAUGGUAUACAUUAUUAUUAGUUAAAAUAAAGUUACUAAAUAUGUUAUUACACUAAUUAAAUAAUCGUAUAUUGAAGUUCGCGUGUGUGGAUUAGAAUUGUGGCCAGUGUGCUGAAUAUUUUAUUGUUUGCAGUUUCAGUUACACAUCAAACAUGCAAGCUCUACAUCUACUCACGUUCACAUGCUAUUACACUAAUUAAAUAAUCGUAUAUUGAAGUUCGCGUGUGUGGAUUAGAAUUGUGGCCAGUGUGCUGAAUAUUUUAUUGUUUGCAGUUUCAGUUACACAUCAAACAUGCAAGCUCUACAUCUACUCACGUUCACAUGCCUGGUUGUCGCAGCCCUCGCACAAAGUAAGUUAUUGCAUUGAGAUGAAAGAGCAAUGUCGGAUUCACGAGUUUUAAUUGAUAAGUUUUGUGUGUUGUUUAAUAUUAUUACCUUUUAAUUCUAAUUAGAAAUAUUGAGUGGUAACACUAACGACGUCCAACUUAUUGUGGCACUAUGAGAUGCACAUCGUUUCUAUGGGAUGUACAACAGGUCUAUGGGAUGUACAACAUUUCUAUGGGAUGUACAGCAUUUCUAUGACAUGUACAACAUUUCUAUGACAUGUACAAUAUUUCUAUGAGAUGUACAACAUUUCUAUGACAUAUAAAAUAUUUCUAUGAGAUGUACAACAUUUCUAUAAGAUGUACAACGAUUCUAUGAGAUUUACAAUAUUUCUAUGAGAUGUACAACAUGUCUAUGAGAUGUACAACAUUUCUAUGAGAUUUACAGCAUUCUAUACGAUGUACAUCAUUUCUAUGAGAUGUACAUCUUUUCUAUGAGAUGUAAAACAUUUCUGUGAGAUGUACAACAUUUCUGUGAGAUGUACAGCAUUUUUAUGAGAUGUACAACAUUUCUGUGAGAUGUACAACAUUUAUGUGAGAUGUACAACAUUUCUAAGAGAUGUAAAACAUUUCUGUGAGAUAUACAACAUUUCUAUGGGACGUACAACAUUUCUAUGACAUGUAAAACAUUUCUAUGACACGUACAAGAUUUCUAAAAGAUUUACAAUAUUUCUAUGAGAUGUACAACAUUUAUUUGAGACGUACAUUUCUAUGAGAUGUACAACAUUUCUAUGAAGGGUUCAAAAUGUAGGUGUACACAAUAAGCGUUUAAUUCACUUUCGUAAUCGCAUUUAUAAAAUAUAAAGACAUGCCAACACAGAGUAAUCAGAGUAUACUUUUAUUGAGAUGAAAACACAAUUUAGUUAAAGUAUACUUGGUAUGUUUCCAUUAAAUUUUUAAGUUUCAAUAUUUGUCCCCUAUCAUUUUCUUACCGUAACGUGAUCUUGAAAUUCUUUAAAUAAGGUAAAAAAUGUUGUUUGAGCGUGUCGAGAUACAGAUAGAAACAUUUUUUUAUCGUUAUUUCAGCUGGCCCAGACACAGAUAUAAUAUUUCUCUUCUUAUUUCAGCUUGCCCAGACACAGAUAUAACAUUUCUCUUUGACCAAUCAGAGAAUGCCCUGACCGCAUCUACCAACAAUCCUUCUAACUUAGAUACCAGAUUCGACAUUCUAGUUGACCAAUUCACUAAUGCGAUGAGAAAUUCACGCAUUGUCAACACACCGAGUACUAACACAAUAAGGUAGUACAAUCAUUUUUAGUCUUUUAGAGUAGAACUAUGAGUAGUCUUUAGAGUUUAAACACCAUACAUUACAAUCAUAUGGAGCUUGUAUUGUUGAAAACAAUGCUAUCAAUGCCCUUAAAGUUUCUUUAACGUAGUCAACAGAUUCUUCCACAGGGCGACCGAACACACACAAAUGCGCACACACACAAACACACAGACACAUUUCUAUAUAUACCGCCUAAAGCCAGAGCAUAUGGUAGGGCGUGUAAUAUGUUUUAAAUGUAAUUAAAUGUAUACACUAUGUGUAUAGGAAACGGCUUUUACAUUUCUUUCGCUCCUUUAAAUUUGCAUAUAUCUUAAUUUUGGUGGCUAUAAUUUUUAAAGUUUGGUGGUUAUAUUUUAAAUUUGGUGGUUGUAUUUUAAUUUGUGUGGCUUUCGUUUAGUUGUUGUUGCAAUUUUUGUAUGCAUCCAUUAACACUAUUUCAAUUUUGCCUAUAAAAAUAAACUAUUAUUAUUAAGUCUAUUUGAGAUAAUUGCGUUAGCAUUGUAAUAUACAAGUAAAAAGAUUUCAGAUAGAGAAUAACCAUAGACAGCAUGAACUAAAGACAAUUUAAAAAAAAAAAAUAAGUCUCUAUUUCUCUCCGACCUACAGAAUAGGGGCCUAUGGCUACAGUGGUAGUGGUGCUGUCGCGACGGUCAUCCCCCAGGGCUCGUCCCCUGCCACUGCCAUCAGUUCUAUUCGCCAGGGCUUGCUUGUGAGCUCUAACGUGAGUAGAAGGAUUUCUGACCGGUUUUUACAUAGAGGGUAGAAAUUUAGACAGUCAUGUAGCGGUAGUUAGAAUGUAAGACUUAGACAGUCAUGGGGAAGUAGUUAGAAUGCUAGACUUAGACAGUCAUGUAGCAAUAAUUACAUUCGUACACUAUGACGGUCAUGUAUCAGUAGUUAGAAUGUCAUUAAUUUUAUAUUUAGUUUAAGUAUGGCUGUUAUGGUCACAAGAAUUUCUUUCAUAUAAAAAUACACAACUGCAGCUGGAGUUGUUACGUAAAAUUUUAGCUUCGGCCCAUUUUUUUGUUUUACGUCUGCACUGACUCAUCCGAUCUAUUGAAAUCAUCUGAUUGUUACGGUAAACUUGAAAAUUCACUGUAAACAUUUUCUUUUCUCAUAAUGAUUUUUUUUUUUCAAAUGCAUGCAAAAAAUUGAAUCAAUUAAAUAUAACUUGUAAUUCCAUUGAUUUUAAGUCUGGUUCAUGGACGUACCGUGGUCUGCAAGGCAUCACAUCCGGACCCUCCUACACCAACAACGUCCUGAUACUUGUAUCCUCACAAGGAUCAAAUAAUCUCAACAGGAGGUUGUUGGCCCAACAAGAGGCUCAAAGAGUCCGUUCUUUGGGUUGGGACAUCAAGGUCAUUGCCGCCCAGGUAAGUUGUCGAAUCGAUGCUUCAGGCUGUAAGCCAAAUGAAUCCUUUGUUAACAUUCUAUCAGCAUUGCGUUGUUGACGUCAACAAAAUAAAUAUAAUGCUUUGUACUGGGUCAGAGGUUAACAUGAGAUUUUCUUUGAUUUUAAUAUGGACAAGAAAUUUCCAAUGGUAGCACUAUCUAAUACUAAUGUAUAAGUGGUGGUCUUAUGCUACACAUAUUUUAACCCAAGUACUUCCAGUCUUUACAAACAUGUUGCCAUAACUAGGUCUUUAAACAUAAUCUAACGACAGCCAUCUGAAUCACGUGUGAUAGAUACAUUUUGAACUAUGACGAUCAAGAGUUUUCUUAUUUGAAAUAAAACUUUUGAGGUUAAAAUUGAUUUAAACAUUGUCAGCUGCCAGGUUGUGGAGACGAUGUGUCUGAGGAUGAGGGAACUCCCAGAAAUUCCUGUUUAUAAUCCUCGGGGAGGGGGGGGGGUGCGUGAAAUAUGUUUUAAAAUCGAGUAGGUCGUGUAGGAAAUGUUUUAAAUCAAAACUAAGGUACGGCGUGCAAAACUGGUUAAGAAGCCCUGAUUAUUGCAUAUUUCUUUUUAAAUUACGGUUUGAUUUUGAAUUUAUUAUUUUUUUUUUUUUUUUUUUUUUUUUUUUUUUUAAUUAUGGUUUGAUUUUGAAUUUAUUAUUUUUUUUUUCUAUUUUUUUUUUUUCUAUUUUAAGAAACGAGUGAAAUGUAUUUAUAAUACACCAACACUCAAAACUUAGAAAUAAUAUUGACUGUUUCUAUUUCAGGGCAAGAACCCCGUCGACUUUCAAGAGUUGAUCAUUGUCAACAACAACCAGUUUCCCAUUGUCAUCAACGACACAACGAGCACAGAUGACCCCAAGAGUUACCGUCUUCUCCGGACCGAGUUGGACAACAUCAUCAACAGUCUCUGUAACGCGUACCCCACGACGACAACGACAACCACAACGUCAACCACCACUCCAGUGACUACCACAACACGCACCAGCACCACAACCAGCACCACCACAACCACUACAACGACGCCCAGACCAAUCGUAACCAGACCUCCUAACUCAAGUGAGUCUUAAAAUAACUCAAUCAGUUUAAAUACUGGGUUUUCUUAACUUUUGUAAUUAAAUUGGCCCCUUUGUCGUCGGACGAAGUAACUGGACCGUUUAUUAGAAUAAACUUGAUCAUGAAUAACAUAAAGUACAAAGUAAAAGAAGAUCAUGGGCCACCGGAUACCGCACACGGACCGGACCGCAAUACAAAGACCCCAGGGUAAUCCGUCAACCAAAAAUUAAACGCUCAUGUCCUAAGACCUUUUCAGAAUAAUGUGUACAUCGAAACUUUAAGGAAUUGAUUGAAAAUGUGUACAUAUAUUUUAUUUUGCCAAGAACAGACGUAAACCGUAAAUACAGUAGCGUCAGAAUCAUGUAAUCACAUUUUGGAAGCUAUUUCAACAUUAAAAUGAAACCCUGACAAUGUCACUGAAACCCUGACAAUGUCACUGAAACCCUGACAAUGUCACUGAAACCCUGACAAUGUAAUCUAAGUUUUGAUGACAUUCAAUUAAAAUGUAACAACUUCUAUUGUUCAACAUGUCAGUCUGCCAGGGAAAACUCAAUUUCUAAUUGGUUAAAUUACUCAACUGUAAUGCUCUAGUAAUGACUAACCCUGUGACUGUCUAUUGCCCAGUUUGCAGUGAAUGUACUUUCGAUAGCGGCUACGGCUUCGACUCUGACCCCAUGUACUGUGACACCUUCUUCCACUGUCUGCCGGACUACACGCCCAUCAAGAAAAUGUGUCCUUCCGGAACCUUCUGGGACGGCGUCCAGUGCAACUUCAUCGACAAAGUCAGGUGCCCGUCAGGUAAGACGUCAACCUCGAUAUUAACCCAUUAUUUACAUACAACAAGUAGCGAUGAUGACAGUUAAAGGAAAACAGCGAUGACAUUGUCAUUUGUAUUUAAGUUUUUAGUACUAACAAAUUGUUGCAUUCAAUGAAGAAAUCAGGAUUGAGAAAACAGACAAAAAUUAAACAAUGUGUCAGAAAAAAUUAAAACAGUGAUUACCAACGGAGCAGCUGUUGGAGAGUAUUUCGAAAGAAUGGAAUGUAGAAACUCAUAUAGCCUCUAAACACUAGGAGGCCUCUAAAUGUCGCCUUAUGGUGACAUCGCGUAUACGGUGUUGAAAGCUAUAGUAAAUGGAAUGCAGCCAUGGUAAUAUAAUAAUAUAAUAAUUGCUCUUAAAAAACCGUAAGUGGUUAACAUGGAUGGCCUGGUAUUUCUAUAUUUAACUCAACCAUCUAAUUCAUUUUUUUCAGUGAGAAGUUCAAAUAAAUAAGACAAAAUGAUUAUUUAAAAAAAGCAUUCAAUGAAAUUACAUAUCAUUAACCAAAAUCUAAUGCCAUGACACACAUCGCAUUUUAUGGCCCCAACACAUGUACCUAUCGUCACCCCAUGCCCGGACCCCUUGGAAUAGCUGGACAGUCAUUACAGGACACGACUAUCUUAAAUGGUACGACCCCCCUUCUAAUCAAUAAUCUGCAUUCGGCUGAGUUAUUUUGCACUUUAUGACAGACACUAACGCAGUAUCCAUCAUUAACUAGUAAAGGACAAAACUCCCAUUAUAUGCCGCAAUUCUCGUCAUUUUUAUCUGUUUUUCCUCAUUUACAUUACUUUCAUUAAGUUACAUAUUUUGUCAUUCACACAUAUAAAUUAAUUUCUCCAAAACAUUGAUUUUGAACGAAUAGCAUAUUGCGAAAUGCUGAAGUAAUCGUUCACUCGAAGCGUUCGCAAAAUCUCUAAGCUUCUUGUCUACAUUAGCAAGCUACGUCUUGUCAUUUGUACAAGCUUUGCCCGUUCUCCAGUUAAUGAACUAGUGCACGUCAAUCCUUCUAUCCCCACAGCCGUCUGCAACGCCAACACACCAGCCAACACCAGGUACCCCAGUGGAAGAUGCUGUAACAAGUAUUACGAGUGCUCCAGCGGCAAACUCUACGAGGUCAACUGUCCAGUCGGUGAGUUGAUUGGAACAUGCUACCUCCAACGUAGCUAUACUUUAUGGGAUUAGGCUUGUUAUUUAGUGUUAAAAAGAAAUUCAAGUGUGUUUGCUUGUGUGUAUGUUUGUUUGCUUGUUAUUAAAUGAGUCAUCUAACUUAAUUCGAGGGAGGAAACGUGAAAAAAAAAUUUGUGUUGAAAUACGUUAAACAUUUACAGUAGAAGUUUGUAGCAUUUCAUUUGAACAGACACAUUUACAAACAAGUCAGAUAAGUCCAUCUUUACCACUACAGGGCAGGUAUUCGAUAACACGACAAAGAAUUGCCAGGUAGUCGCCGACAUAAGGACCACGUGCCAGCUCUCCAACAGAUACGAGUGUGAGGUCAACAGGAACGGACCAAUCAGUGAGUGGAACGUAUAUAUAUAUAUAUAUAUAUAUAUAUAUAUAUGUUAAUCGUAAUGUAUUGGGAUACGAUGUAUUACUCUUCGUCUGUCGGAUUCCAAUCGACAGGUGGUCGUAUCCAUUGUUUAAAGACGGAGUAAGACAAGAAAUAAUCACUGACAAAACAUGGUCUCGGCUUUUCGCCAAGAAUAGCCUAGACCAUCACAGCGUUAACCAAUGGUUUGGAAUAGCUAGAUCAUCAUAAGAGUUAACCAAUCGUCUAGAAUAGCUAGACAAUAAUAUGAGUUAACCAAUGGUCUAGAGUAGCCUAGACCAUCAUAAGUGGUUAAACAAUGAUCUAGAAUACCCUAGGCCUUGACUAUCAUAUGAGUCAACCAAUGGUCUAUAAUAGCCUAGACUAUCAUAGGAGUUGAACAAUGGCCUAGAAUAGUCUAGACCAUCAUAGCAUUUAUUCUCAAAACAACUAGUUCAAUGUUAACUUUUAUUUUAAAACUUUUAUUCUAAACCAUUUAUUUUUUAAAAAAUUAACAGUUUCAAAUCUGCUGGCUCAACUGAUUCAUUUUUAAAAUAGUAAUAUGAUUCCUAUGUCUUUUCAAGACAUUUUUUUCUCCCCUUAUUUCCUUCUUGUCGGUGCGUCUGACCAGCGUAAUUUUGUUAGUCUACACACGCGACUGGGCGCGUUUAAUUCAUCGCCUGUUUCGUGGUUCCCUGAAAGGUCGCAUUUGACUUGUGUCAAAGAAAGUCUGUGCAGAUUAUAAUUGCAAACCGUAAUACAAAUAAAGGAUAAUAAUAUUUUAAGUUUCGUCUCAAUUCAAUUCGAAUCUUAUUGCUAGAUAGAGUCCUACAGAUAGUGAUAUAUAGACUACUAUAUAGAGUGCUACAUAGAUUGCAACAAUGUGCAGUUUACACCCUAAAUCUAAUUAAACUUUAUACACUUAAUCUUCCAGGCCCAAUAUACAAUUAUAAAAGAUACAUCUUUUUGAAAACUGUCAUAUUUUAGAAAUAAAGUUGUGUUUUUCUUUGUUUUUUUUUUGUUCAAAAGAAAAAGUCCUUGAAUUUUUUUACUCCUAUUUUCAGACACUACUGACUGUUCUGGAUACGCUCCUGAUCCAUACGGUAAUCCAUGCAAGUAAGUUUACAUUACACGUUGACUUAUCCAAUCCUUGAAUAUCCAUUUUACAUGUCAGCAAUUAAGUUGGAUGAUUGAGUUUCCGUUGAAAAAGUGAAUGUCCGUUGAAAUAGUGAAUGUCCGUUGAAAAAGUGAAUGUCCGUUGAAAUAGUGAAUGUCCGUUGAAAUAGUGAAUGUCCGUUGAAAUAGUGAAUGUCCGUUGAAAUAGUGAAUGUCCGUUGAAAUAGUGAAUGUCCGUUGAAAUAGUGAAUGUCCGUUGAAAUAGUGAAUGUCCGUUGAAAUAGUGAAUGUCCGUUGAAAUAGUGAAUGUCCGUUGAAAUAGUGAAUGUCCGUUGAAAUAGAGAAUGUCCAUUGAAAACGUAAAUUUCUGUUUUAAAAAAAAAUGAAUGUUCGUUUAAAAAAGUGAAUGUCUGUUGUAAUAUAGGUCAAGUGGAAAUGUGUAAUAGGCUCACAAAUGAAUAACUGCUUUGACCAAACUCUGAUAACAUAAGUCACACGUGAUCAACCUUUCAUGAGCUGUAUCUUUCAAUGUGCAAUCCGUGUUUGUCCCUAAUUCUGAUCAGAUACCAGUUCAACGGAUACUCCCUGAAGGUUGCCCCAGGCACUCGGUGGAUUCAGGAAAAAUGUACUCUGGACUACACCACGAAGGACACCGGCUACACUACCGGCGGUACCAGUGACCGGGACUUCUCUGGGACCGGUAAGUCUUUCUUUAACGUCAUUUGAAAACAUGAAACCAAAACCAAAAAAAAAAAAAAAAACAAUUAUGCUCGUCUCCAAUAACUGCCAACUCAUCAUUUCUUAACAAAACAAAGAAAGAAAGGAAUACAAAUCAAAGGCGUUUCUACAUUACUCACCUUGUUCCCUCCACCUUGAAUAUUCUUUUGUCUUCGUAUCUUCCGGUGACGAGGGGUCAAGUCACCUGUUCUCUUUCUGGAUAUUUAUUUAAUAGACAAGUAGAGUUGUUCAGGGGAUGAAUAAAGGGAAAAUAUAAUUUUAAGAAAAACAACAUAUUUUUUAUUUUUAUAACAUUUUUAUAAAGAGUUGUUAAUAGGUACAACUUUUAUGGACAGUAUGUUGUCCGUGGACAUAAUGUAGAAUAAGAUCAAUUGGACUAAGUGCAACGGUUAUAUCAACACUCAACAUGUCUCAAUAAAAAGUCUCCAUCUAUCUUUAAAUGUUGCCCUAUCAUUUCAAAAGUUGAUAACUUACUCCAUGUUUACCCAACUGUUCACCCAUCCGUUUACCGAUCUGUCCAGUCCCAGCAAACAACUGCAGUGCCGUGUUCGUGGCCAACUUCAACGGCGGGAGUCGCGUUGUCUACAGUGAGCGUCUCGACGCCAACCUGGACGUGUACUCAAUCCUGAACGAGGCGUACCUGGCCAACAACGCGCUGGUCUUCAACGCCACCAUGGUUAAGCCCCUUCUCUACUACUACUUCUUCAACAACAGAGAGCUCAGGUCCAACACCGCCUUCAAGGUCACAUUCAGACUGGAUGUAAGUGACACACGUUUAUUACAACAACUUUAAAUAAACACACGCUAAACUGAUGAGUGUCAUACUCCAUGCAUCUUCUGCUAGUUCAACAAGUUGUCGUAUGUGUGCAAGUCACGUGCUCAGCAAGCAGUGAAAAGUUGAAGUCACAAUGUUGUUGGUAGUUAAAAACGAGGCUAAAAAGAAUAUUAACUGUGCGACCUUUGCCCUUCCGCAGAACCCUGUUUUAGCCAGAGAGUAUGACAUCCUGUCCAACAAUUACUGCAGUCAGUGUCCAGACACGAUCAGGCUGACCGUUGCUGCUACCGACGCCAGGCGACAUGUUGUGACUGCCACUUUUGUCACCUCGGAUGGAAAAAUCGUGCAGUCGUCAGCCAUCAUUGAUAAAAAUGUAGGCACUGGUUAGGGUUACGGUUACGGUUAGGGUUAGGGUUUAUGGUUAGGGUUAGGGUUACGGUUAGGGUUAAUGGUUAGGGUUAAUGGUUAGGGUUAGGGUUAUGGUUAAGGUUAGGCUAAGCAUGGGGUGGGGACAGUUACCCUAACCCUAGCCCGGCACUUGUUUAAUAGUUUCAAUAGUUUAUAUUUCUUGUUGUAUUUUAAUUUGUCCUGUCUGCCGAGGAAGGCUUUCAGUCGAAACGUGCCUAUCUUAGUGUCCUGCCUUUCGAUUUAAGCUUCCACAUACAUUGUUCUACUAUUUAAUGGUCUUUAACUGGGGCACAUUUUAGGGUUCUUGAAAAACAGAUGAUGUUGCUAGAAAUAAUAGCUCAAAUAAGUGUUGAAUCUUUUGAUUUAAAUUUGCCCAUUAAUUUCAAUGUGUAUCUUGUGCAUAGAACCCCAGCGACAACCUCGAGGUGAGAAUUAUUUUUGGAAAUGUGGCUUUGUACGGCCAAGUGAGUGCCGUCAGCAGCACCAACCCACUGGUUGUGUCACAGACUGUUAACUUCACCAGAGUGGACAAGGCUGAAGGAAGUAAGUGUGUCUUUGGUGUUGUUGUAGCUUAGCAUUAGAACCCUUCAACUCCGCCAAUGGCUAGGUUCAUUGAUUUUUUUUUAAUUCGCAAAAAUAAGAGUUUUCAAUAUAUUAAAGUUUAAUAAAAGUCCACAAAACAUACUAUUUUAAUUUUGAUGUUAUUUAAAGGAUUUCUAUUGAAAUUGUUCUAAUUAUGAUGUUAGUUAAAUGAGAUCUAUUGAAAUUGUUCUAAUUAUGGUGUUAUUUAAAUGAUAUCUAUUGAAAUUGUUCUAAUUCUGAUGUUAUUUAAAUGAGAUCUAUUGAAAUUGUUCUAAUUCUGAUGUUAUUUAAAUGAGAUCUAUUGAAAUUGUUCUAAUUCUGAUGUUAUUUAAAUGAGAUCUAUUGAAAUUGUUCUAAUUCUGAUGUUAUUUAAAUGAGAUCUAUUGAAAUUGUUUUAAUCCUGAUGUUGUGUGUUUUCCGACGUGCAGCAAGCAUCGCCAUCAACAGAUGUGGCAUCCAGCUUGGCAAAGGACCUAACGCCCACUUUGUCGGCUACAUUGAUGACGUAAGUGUUACUGUCUAAAUGAUAGCUUACGUCAUUCCUUUCAUUAACUCUCUAACUAGGCAGUUGUAUGAGCACAAGAAUAUGUCUGACAGUUCCCCCUCAUCACAUUUAUGUGGGUACCAAACUUACUCUUUUGUUGUAUGUUAACAUGGUUUACACAUUACCUGGUUUUCCUGAUGAUUUCUUCUCUUCUUAAAGAACUAGAACCAUUUGGUAAUCUUGUGUCCUUAAAUUCGAUUUGAUGACAGAUGUAUAACGGAGUGUUGGUAUGGUGUUCGUAUUUAUUGAUGGUAGCAUUGUUAAUUGGCUUAACAUCCUCUCUCUCUCUCUCUCCCACAGUUUUCCAUGUACGAGAACUGUGCCGAUAUCAACACAUUGCUAAGAUAAACAGGAACCUGGCACCAGCAGCGCUUACCAUUGUCAACGUCUUCCAUAAAAAUAUUUAUACUUUUACAGAAAAACAUGAAUAUAAAUAUGCGUUUAAUACAUUUAGCAUAAAUUUACUGGAAUAUUUCUGAUUUCAAUCUGUUUGCAAUUAUUGUCUAAAUAAAAACACAGACAAUCUUAUUGAUCCGCCAGUAUCUAAAGUAGGACAACCAUUGUGUGUUCUCCCAACACUGAAAACACACUCCAAAAAUUGGAAAUACAUUACAAUCUUAAUGCUAUUCAAGAAAAGGGGAAAACGAAUGAAUCAUCUUGUCAAAGAGAUUGUUGUUUCGCUUGUGACUUUUCUUCUACUUAACAUUCUAAAAUAAACAAAAAUAUUCACUGGAAAUAUCUUAGCUACGAUUGUUAUUAUAAUUUUCUAUGUAAUUCGAAUGUCUUUUGUAUGUCAGAGCUUGUAUUGUGUGGGUGUAUACGUUUAUUGUGUAACAUUUUUGUUGAUACUUGUUGACAGUGGUCACAGAGUUCAAACAUGGCGGACAAAGGUGAAAUGGUAAGCCAUGUCUAAAGAUUGACUCAUGACAUGAUAUCGUUGAAGAGAUUGUUGAAAAGA